UAUUUUGCAGGCCGUACUACCCUUCCGCAGUCAGCUAGCUAUAGUAUCACCAAAUAUGGCGUGGAAGCAUUCUCAGAUGCUCUGAGACGUGAAAUGCGCCCUUGGGGAGUACAGGUCAGCAUUAUUGAACCAGGAUUGUUCAAGACUCCAUUGUCAGAUGCAGAGCGCAAUAUACAUUCAUUACAGGAAUUGUGGGAUGUUCUUAGCCCGGAUUUAAAACAGGAGUGCGGAGAAAAGCGUCUAGAGAAUAGUAAGAUCAUCCGCUACCAUCUGUAUUGAUUAUAUAACUAAGGUAUUUGCUGCUUUUUGGAAACUAGGUUUAAACCCACACUUAGAUUACUUGGCCUUUGAGCACAUGAAAUGCGUACACCUUCUCUGUGUGUUUAGAUAACUCAGUUUGGACAUUAAAAGACUAACUUCCAGCAGUUCGUGCUUUGCUGGUAUUGAAAUACAGUAAAACCCCGCGUACAAGAACCUGGAUUUUUUAAUUUAGCCUUAACAGGUUCUUAUAUAAAUGGUACUUAAAGCAAAUUUAGCCUACCAAGGUUCUUAAAAUAGGUUCUUAUAAUUUCAUAUGAAUUUCAUUUAAGUAUAUUAUAAAUAUCAUCUCAUAAUACAAUAUAAAUCAUUUAUACCAUAAUCCCUAAAGGCAGUACAGUGCAGCUAUGUCCUUAACAAAACAUAACAAACAAACUCAUGGUCAGUUCUCUGAAUGCCAUUUCAAAGUUGAUACACUUUUACAGAAACGCCACUGAUAAGAACCUAACCUAAAAGUUUAGCCUUAAUAGGCUCUUAUGUGGAGGGGGUUUAAAAUGAAAAUUUUAGCCUAACAGGUUCUUAAAACCCAGGUUCUUAUACGCGGGGUUUUACUGUACAUACACGUGCUAGCUGAGUGAAGAACUCGAAAUUCAUUUAAAUAUUCUAAGACUAAAUCUAUUCUAAGUUUUUCAUUGUUUUCAACAUUUUUAAAAUUUCUUUACAGUUAAGAAUGGCAUGAGAAUCGUGCUUGGCUCCCAGGCAUGCGCAGACACAUACAAAGUUGUAGACGCAAUCGUCGACGCUCUGAAGUCACAAAGACCGCAAGCACGUUACGUCCUUGGUUUUGAUGCAAAACUGUACAACCUUAUUUUGUUAUUACCUACUUCUAUAGGUGAUCGUCUUUUGCCAAAAAUUCUCUGA